AUGAGUGAUCCGCCCAGCUCCAACCACAACUUCCACCUCCCUACCCGCACUCUCAGUAUAUAUAGCCUCAAAGGCUUAGAUGACAUAAUCGAUGAUCUCAAAUCAACUCCUAAUUUCAGAUAAACAAACAAGAUCAAUAUUCUCGAAGAUGAGGCAAUCGAAAACGAAUACGAUGAUAAGUAUGGCGAGGAACGCUUCCUAACAGUUGCGCAAAGGGAAGAAAGGGAUUCCAAAACCAGUCACCAGAUAUCUCAUCAGAUGGGUGCUAUAAUCGACACCAUUCAAGCGGAAAAUGGACUGAAAGAAUUUGCUUGGGAGAGCCUAUUUUACAAGGCCAGAGACUCUCCGGUGUUCUGGGAUGCAGUAUGGAGGAGUUCAAGAACCCUUGAGAAGUUGAAUCUGGUGUUCAAUAAACAUGAACUCUACAAAAUAGCAGAAAUUGUUAGUUUGACUUCUUUUUUUAUGGUACCAGAACGGCUAACAUGA